AUGAAAUCCGCUUCUACCCACGAACACCUCACCUGGCGAGGAGCCAUGUCCUCCAAUCCUGUGCUGCCCACAUCGGCGCCGAUCUCCGAAGAUCUCACUCUAAUCAUCACGACAUCGCCAACACCAUCGGCGCCGUCAACAGAGCUCCUCAGCGCCGUUUUCGACUCUUUCCGUCUCCACUGUGACAGCCUGCUAUCUUGCCAAAUCAUUGUCGUUUUCGACACUUACGAGCGCAUAGCAGCAGUGCCCAGAUUGAAGAAGGGCCAAGUCACAGAGGAAGGUGCGAAGGAUUUCGAAGCUUACAAGCAGAACGUCAAAGAACUUGUCCUCGACGCCUACGGACUCGAAAAUGAUGCGGAUUUGAUGCAGGAACAAGGGGAGGCAGAAUACGGCUAUACUGGGCGGACAGCUGCUUCUAAUAUCGCGUCAUACACUGUCAGUCGGACAGGUGAUGGCAAAGUUGCCUUCGUGGAGCCUGCGGAAAGACUCGGCUUCGGCCUUGCCGUACGGACAGCUCUCAGAAUGACCACGACACCAUACGUCUGGGUCCAUCAACACGACUGGACACUCGUGGCAGAAAUACCCGUGACAGCCAUGUUGGAAGUCAUGAAGGCUGCCGACGACGACGAAGAGGCGCCGGUGAAGUACGUCUGUCUUGCGUCGGUGCGGAUGCUGGAGUAUGCCGGCUCGGCUCACGCUCACGAUAAUCCGACUCUGAGGGCCCUGACGACUAAGCUGAAACGGGACUUCGAGACUUCUUCAGAUCCAAAGACAAAAGUGCCGCUGACGCCAAUGUUCUUCUGGCACGACAAACCACACAUCGCUUCAACGGCGCAUUACCUUACGAGGGUGUUCCCUACAAGACUAGCGAUCUCGAGAGGCGCCUUUAUCGAGGACACGGUUGGACACAGGGCGAGGACCCAGAUGAAAGAGCAAGGAAUGUGGGCGAAAUGGGCUUGUUGGCUUUAUUACCCUAAUGAUGGAAAGAUUCUAUGUCUGAGGCAUCUGGAUGGAAGAAAGUGGAGUGGUGCUGAAGGGGAAGAGAUAAAGAAAGUGGCUUAUCAAGAGGCCAAUAAGUUGAAAAGAAAGAAGUCGGACUGA